AGAAUGCCGUAGAAUAAUAGGCAAGGAGCGUCCAAACAAGUACACGUUUGAAAUGUACCGAUUGAUUCGAAAGGCUAUAAAGUCAAAAUAGAAAGGAAAAGAAUGCGUAAUAGUGGAAAAAGAGGAAGAUGGGUUGCUUGGAUUGCUUCGAUGGAGGGAGCAAAAGGGAGCAGAGAAGAGAAGAAGAACAAUUAGCCUCCGAAGAAGCUCGUGCCAGAGCUGCCGAAGCCGCCCAAAAAAGGCAAGAACAAUAUGAAAAAUCUGCUGCAGGAAGAGCAGCACGUGCACAAAUGGCAGCUGCUGCCAAGCAAACAACGAAUUCGAACCAAGGAGAGCCAGUUCUUAAGUGGCAGAUGGGCUGAGCUUUAGCUCUCUUUGGUUAACUUCUUCCGUUCAUUACAAUUGCCGAAGUUGUGGGUGAUUUGUACAUUGACAGGGCAGCGUUUCAUCAACAGAUAGAUCAUACCCUUGUGCUAGAGAUUAUAUUGCUAGUGAACUUCAUGAAAUUAAAUGCUCUGUUGAGCUAUGUUAAGUAUUACUGAUUGAGUGAAUGGAAGAAAAAACUUCUGUUUGGAUUCCAAA